GCAGGAAGUGACUGGCUGGGCAGGCCCUGGCCAGCCCAGCAGCAGGCGGGGCCCUGACCAGGCCUGUCCCCUCCCCUUAAUUUUCGAGCUGAGGAACUGAGUCCCACAGAGGGGCGCUGGGCCCUGAGAGCAGUGGCUUUGGAGCUGGAGGGGCCCCAGCAUCCACAGGGCCAGGGUGGGUUGGAGGUAGCCUGGCACCCGCCCUCAGCCUGCAUCAGCCUUGAGCAAGGCCCCGGGCCCUUCCCCGCCAUUCUGCAGUUUCACUUUUGUUGGUUUCAACACCUGGUAGGCUGCGGCUGCUGCCAGGCGGCCCGGGCCUCAGGGGACGCCCCCCUCCCAGCAGCGGUGCUCCCUGGCCAGUCCCAGGGUACCCCGUGGAGAUGCCCACCCCCGCCCCUCAGCACAUGCAGCCCCACAGGGAGCAGGGAGGGCUCCAGCCACCCCCGGGGCAGCCCCGGGCCUAAGUGCCUGGGCCAGUGGGAUCCUGUCUAGGGUGAGGGCAGCCUGAGAGGGGGAGGCCAGAUGAAGGUGGGGGUGGAGCCGGUGUCAUUGGGAGAUGCUGGAGGUAGGGGCGGGGGUCCCUGUGGGCAGAGCAAGCCAGGAGAGAGCUUGAGGUCGGCCCGAGAGUGGGCUUUGGGGUCUCCCAGUCCCACUGCUUACUUCCUGCGUGACCUCAGCACCACACCAAGCCUGCCCAGGCCUCAGUUUCCACCUCUGUCAGAUGGGGGUGGUAGCAGCAGCUUCCAGGAUUCGGACCAUGGGCUCCAUGUUCCGGAGCGAGGAGGUGGCCCUGGUCCAGCUCUUUCUGCCCACAGCUGCCGCCUACACCUGCGUGAGUCGGCUGGGCGAGCUAGGCCUCGUGGAGUUCAGAGACCUCAACGCCUCGGUGAGCGCCUUCCAGAGACGCUUUGUGGUUGAUGUUCGGCGCUGCGAGGAGCUGGAGAAGACCUUCACCUUCCUGCAGGAGGAGGUGCGGCGGGCUGGGCUGGUCCUGCCCCCGCCUGAGGGGAGGCUGCCAGCACCCCCACCCCGGGACCUGUUGCGCAUCCAGGAGGAGACAGAGCGCCUGGCCCAGGAGUUGCGGGAUGUGCGGGGCAACCAGCAGGCCCUGCGGGCCCAGCUGCACCAGCUGCAGCUUCAUGCCGCCGUGCUGGGCCAGGGCCAUGGACCUCAGCUGGCAGCCGCCCACACAGAUGGGACCUCAGAGAGGAUGCCCCUGCUACAGGCUCCCGGGGGGCCGCACCAGGACCUGAGGGUCAACUUUGUGGCAGGUGCCGUGGAGCCCCACAAGGCCCCUGCCCUAGAGCGCCUGCUCUGGAGGGCCUGCCGCGGCUUCCUCAUCGCCAGCUUCAGGGAGCUGGAGCAGCCGCUGGAGCACCCCGUGACGGGCGAGCCAGCCAUGUGGAUGACCUUCCUCAUCUCCUACUGGGGGGAGCAGAUUGGACAGAAGAUCCGCAAGAUCACGGACUGCUUCCACUGCCACGUCUUCCCGUUUCUGGAGCAGGAGGAGGCCCGCCGCGGAGCCCUGCGGCAGCUACAGCAGCAGAGCCAGGAGCUGCAGGAGGUCCUGGGGGAGACAGAGCGGUUCCUGAGCCAGGUGCUGGGCCGGGUGCUGCAGCUGCUACCGCCGGGGCAGGUGCAGGUCCACAAGAUGAAGGCUGUGUACCUGGCCCUGAACCAGUGCAGUGUGAGCACCACGCACAAGUGCCUCAUUGCCGAGGCCUGGUGCUCCGUGAGAGACCUGCCUGCCCUGCAGGAGGCCCUGCGGGACAGCUCGACGGAGGAGGGAGUGAGCGCCGUGGCUCACCGCAUCCCCUGCCGGGACAUGCCCCCCACGCUCAUCCGCACCAACCGCUUCACAGCCAGCUUCCAGGGCAUCGUGGACGCCUACGGCGUGGGCCGCUACCAGGAGGUCAACCCCGCUCCCUACACCAUCAUCACCUUCCCCUUCCUGUUUGCUGUGAUGUUUGGGGAUGUGGGCCACGGGCUUCUUAUGUUCCUCUUCGCCCUGGCCAUGGUGCUUGCGGAGAACCGGCCGGCAGUGAAGGCCGCGCAGAAUGAGAUCUGGCAGACUUUCUUCAGGGGCCGCUACCUGCUCCUGCUCAUGGGCCUGUUCUCCAUCUACACCGGCUUCAUCUACAACGAGUGCUUCAGUCGUGCCACCAGCAUCUUCCCCUCAGGCUGGAGUGUGGCCGCCAUGGCCAACCAGUCUGGCUGGAGUGAUGCAUUCCUGGCCCAGCACGCGAUGCUUACCCUGGAUCCCAAUGUCACCGGUGUCUUCCUGGGACCCUACCCCUUUGGCAUCGACCCUGUCUGGAGCCUGGCUGCCAACCACUUGAGCUUCCUCAACUCCUUCAAGAUGAAGAUGUCCGUCAUCCUGGGGGUCGUGCACAUGGCCUUCGGGGUGGUCCUUGGAAUCUUCAACCACGUGCACUUUGGCCAGAGGCACCGGCUGCUGCUGGAGACGCUGCCGGAGCUCACCUUCCUGCUGGGGCUCUUCGGUUACCUCGUCUUCCUAGUCAUCUACAAGUGGCUGUGUGUGUCGGCUGCCAGCGCUGCCUCGGCCCCCAGCAUCCUCAUCCACUUCAUCAACAUGUUCCUCUUCUCCCACAGCCCCACCAACCGGCCACUCUACCCCCGGCAGGAGGUGGUCCAGGCCACGCUGGUGGUCCUGGCCUUGGCCAUGGUGCCCAUCCUGCUGCUUGGCACACCCCUGCACCUGCUGCGCCGCCACCGCCCCCACCUGAGGAGGAGGCCCGCUGGCCGACAGGAGGAAGACAAGGCUGGGUUGCUGGACCUGCCUGAUGCAUCUGUGAAUGGCUGGAGCUCCGAUGAGGAAAAGGCAGGGGGCCUGGAUGAUGAAGAGGAGGCUGAGCUCGUCCCCUCCGAGGUGCUCAUGCACCAGGCCAUCCACACCAUCGAGUUCUGCCUGGGCUGCGUCUCCAACACCGCAUCCUACCUGCGCCUGUGGGCCCUGAGCCUGGCCCACGCCCAGCUGUCCGAGGUUCUGUGGGCCAUGGUGAUGAGCAUAGGCCUGGGCCUGGGCCGGGAGGUUGGCGUGGCGGCUGUGGUGCUGGUCCCCAUCUUUGCCGCCUUUGCUGUGAUGACCGUGGCCAUCCUGCUGGUGAUGGAGGGGCUCUCGGCCUUCCUGCACGCCCUGCGGCUGCACUGGGUGGAAUUCCAGAACAAGUUCUACUCCGGCACAGGCUACAAGCUGAGUCCCUUCACCUUCACUGCCACAGAUGACUAGGGCCCACUGCAGGUCCUGCCAGACCUCCGUCCUGACCUCUGAGGCAGGAGAGGAAUAAAGAGGGUCCGCCCUGGGGAGUGA